AUGGGAGCCAUCAAGGCCUGCAGUUACUCAGUUCGGGCAAUCAAGGAGUACAGCCGACAAGCUGCCCCCGCACCUAAAUUUCCGAACACUACCGCAAUGGGAACGCCCUUGGUAUUUACUAAAACUGACACGAUUGGACUAGACAUGCCGCAUAACGAUGCUAUAGUCGUCGAACUCCUUCUAGACGAUGUCGAAGUUAGCCGAAUACUUAUUGAUACCGGCAGCUCGGUCAACAUGAUCUUCAAAGACGCACUCGACCAACUCGACCAGCUCGACCUCCGCACCGAUAAAAUCAAACCUUUCAUCGGACCACUCACCGGGUUUGACGGCGAACAUUAUAUGACGGUCGGCACAGUAAAAUUUCUAAUCUACCUUGCCGGAGUCGCAAAGAUCAUAAAAUUUCUCAUCCUCGACAAACCAGCAAUCUAUAAUGCCAUAUUGGGAAAGCCUUGGCUCCAUGUGAUGAAAGCUGUUGCCUCAAGUUUCCCACCCCUGACGGCAUAUACACCCUCAAAGCUCUCAAAGUACAACAACCGACCUCAUCAUCCAGAAGUCAAAACCAAAACAAGAGGUCAUCACCCAAGUCUGCCUCGUUAUCGGUUCGGUAUCGGUUCUGAGCUUGACCCAAAAAUCCAGGAAAGCCUCGUUCCCUUCUUGAAGCAGCACUCUUCCACCUUCGCACAGUCGGUCGAGGAUAUGCCUGGAAUCAAUUCACAUAUCGCCUGUCACGAGCUUAACAUUGACCCAACUUACAAACUUAUCAAGCAGAAAUGA